GCUGUUCAGUUUAUUAAACCCUCAGUGAGACCUCGCAGGCAGCAGUUUCCGCUCUGGCCAAUCAGCUGCUUCAGAUGACAGUCUUCAGCCAAUCAGGAGGGUUACCUGACAGACUACACGAGGUCAUAAUAACCAACUCAUUACAGUGACGCAGGACGUCUUUACGUCACACAACAACACAACAUGGCGGCGGCCUUGCGGAGGGUGUGCAGAGCAGCGACGUUCAGAGUUUCUUCUCUGAGCUGCAACCAACAGCGCAGCAUCAACACUGGUCGUGGCUUCCUGCCCCGCCCCCGCCCACUCCCCCUCCUCUUAGUAACAGGUGGCGGAUACCUUGGUUACGAGCACUACAGGAGGAGGGGCCAACAGGAAGAUGGAGCUCCUCCCCUUCUGGCCACCCCCACCCAGGUGGCGUUGUACCGGUCCUUCCCGACCCGCCUCCUCUCUCGGGCUUGGGGUCGGCUGAACGGGGUGGAGCUCCCCACCUGGCUCCGAAAACCCGUCUACUCCCUCUACAUCUGGACCUUUGGGGUCAACAUGCAGGAAGCAGCGGUGGAGGAUUUACAUCACUACAGGAAUUUGGGUGAAUUCUUCCGUCGACGUCUCAAACCUGCAGUCAGACCACUCUGUGCCUCCUCCUGUCUGAUCUCUCCAGCUGACGGGAGGAUCCUCCACUUUGGUCGGGUCAAGAACUCAGAGGUGGAGCAGGUGAAGGGGGUCACCUACAGUCUGGAGAACUUCCUGGGUCCACAGAAGAGGCUGGGCAACGAGUCCUCGUCGUCCUUUCGGGACCUCCUGCUGUCGUCUCCUGAUAAUGAGCUGUUCCACGUGGUGGUCUACCUGGCUCCAGGUGACUACCACUGUUUCCAUUCGCCCACAGACUGGAGGGUGGAGCUUCGACGACACUUCCCAGGCUCGUUAAUGUCGGUUAACCCGGGCGUGGCUCGUUUGGUCAAAGAGCUCUUCUGCCUUAACGAGCGUGUGGUGCUCACCGGCCAAUGGCAGCACGGCUUCUUCUCAUUAACGGCGGUGGGAGCCACAAACGUCGGUUCCAUCAGGGUCUACUUCGACCAGGAGCUUCAGACCAACGCUCCGCGCUACAGUAAAGGAUCCUUCCACGAUCACAGCUAUGUUGCCGCCGCCAACCAGGUGUUUAAUGUGGCAGGUGAAGGGGGCGUGGUCUCUGUUGACGGAGGGGGCGUGGCCUUACAGAAGGGGGAGGCGGUGGGCGAGUUUAACCUCGGCUCCACCAUCGUUCUGCUGUUCGAAGCUCCCAAAGAUUUCAUCUUCAACCUGCAGCCAGGACAGCGAAUCAGAGUGGGAGAGGGGCUCGGCAGCCUCUGAUUGGCCGAGCUGCAGACUCAGAGGGAGGAGCCUGAUGAUGAGGAACUGCUGGAGACUCAUCCAAUACACAUUUUAGGAGUUAAAGGCAUUGUUGGUAAUUUUGUCUGUAACAAAGAAGCUGGGAAGGACUUAACAAUGUAUUUAUGACAAGGACUCAAACUCCCAGAAUGUCUUGUGCCUCAUGAAGGCGGAAAUGCCAAACCUCUCUCUCUUUCUCUCUCUCUCUCUCUCUCUCUCUCUCUCUCUCUCUCUCUCUCCCCCCCGUCCCCCUCCCCUCUCUCUCUCUCUCUCUCUCUCUCUCUGUUCUGUCUUUACUUUAUGUUGCUCACCCAGAAACUGAACAAACAUUUGAUAUUAUUUAACAAACAAACAAAUUGACACAAAGUGAAAUAAAAAGUUCUUCCGUCCACUGAAACGCUUUGAAUGUUUGAAACUUUAUUGUCACUUCUUGCUGUCCAAUCAGAGCUGUUAGCUGUUAGCUAUCAGAUGUGUCUGAAGGACCUGAUUGGUAAAAACCAACAGGAAGCCUGUGUUUUGUCAGGAAGCUGUAAAAUAAUGCUAAUGAAUGCUAAAUGUUGCUUCUUUUGUAAAAUAUGUAAUUCUGAAUAAAUAUUUCUUUCACA